GUAUCGUACGAAGGAUAUGACUUCGGAGCAGGCAAGUUCGUGGAGAGCGGCGAUGGACAUGGCGGGAUACCCGUACGAUGGCUCGGGCAUUCUUGAUGAUGUCCGGUUCAGCAAUUCUGAUCCGAAAUCCAUGAUCACCGGGACAUCUGAACAACACACUGACGAACCACCAGGCCUAUCCGUCCGGCGUGCCAAAUUCGUCGCUGUUCUUGAGCUAUCCAAUGUCCCGUUCUGGAUGUUCACAGGACCAACAUGGCGAAUACAAACAGCAUCCACUGAAACCGCUUCAUUCCUCGCCUCAGCUCUCUGCGCCGACGCCGACACCGAAACCCACCCUCACGCUCUCCUCUUCUCGAUCCCGGCAUCACCCUCCGCCUCUGCGGAAGUACAGUCCCCAUCCAUGAUACUCCUAUACGCCUCCUCGAGCGGAUCGUCAAGAACGACGAUGAUAUACGCACGAGCCCUGCGUCCAACACCCCGCUCAAUCAUCCCCCCAUCCUACACCCCCAUCAAACCAGACCCGGACGCCCCUCCCCCCCCAUCACCGAAUGCGAGAUGGAUCGCUCAAGAUGAUGGGAGGAGGACUAGUACGUUAUCGAAGUUCGAUGAGGUACUGAACCGGAAACGGAAGCGUGGGGCGCCGCUUGAACGACUCGCUGGGUUAUCGAGACGGUCGUCGUUGAGUCCUGCUCCUCCUCCCGUUCCCGUGGGUCUGAAAAAGGAGCCGUCGGGGCUGUCGAGAAUCAAACGAGAAGAAAACGUGAUUGCACUCCCUCCACCAACCCACGAUCAAACUCCCGUACCUGCCGUGCCUUCGAAUACAACCACGACGACCGAAACACCGCUCCCAAAACGCUUCGAAUCCGACCUAAAACGCCAAGUCCUAACAACAAUGCGUAUGCACUCCAUCACCUCCCAGCACCCCGACUACAAGAUGAUGUACUCCACCACAAAGCAUGCCGCAAUCUUUGCUCUCCGUAACGAUUUGGCGAAAGUUGGAGCUGGGGGCAUGGUGAGGGUGGAGAGGAUGAGGGGCGUUGUGGAGGGGUUGGUGGGGAUGUUUGUUGAUGUUGGGGGAGAGGGAGGGGAGGGGGAGGUUAGGGAGGGGUUUGGUGUGCAAAGUACGACGCCUGGGACGUCGCAGGGGAAGGCAUAG